AUGGAGAAGCCGCCGACCCCUGGGGCUACCCCUCACGUGUUGAUCCUGCCGUUCCCUGCGCAGGGCCACAUCAAGCCGACGCUAUGCCUUGCGCAGCUCAUCUCGAGCGCUGGCCUGAGAGUGACCUUCCUCAACACCCACCACAACCAUGACCACCUAAGUGGCGACCUGCGUGCCUUGGCUUCCCAGUUCCCUGAUCUCCACUUCGCGGCCAUAGCGGAUGGCCUGCCACCUGAUCAUCCCCGCACUGUGGACCGGUUCCCAGAGCUGGUCCAGUCAAUCAAGACCACAAUGAAGGCGAACCUGAGGGAGUUCCUACUUCUCCGGAAAGUGGAACUGCCCGUGACAUGUGUUAUAGCUGAUGGGCACAUGUCGAUCGGGAUCGAGGUGGCAGAGGAGCUGGGAAUUCAUGCCAUGAGCAGUCUCGCUUAUGGCGCUUUCUCCCUCUGGACUUAUUUCUGCCUUCCCAAGCUCAUUGAUGAAGGGAAGAUCCCAUUUGCUGAAUCCGAUCGUGAUUUAGAUGAAAAGAUUGGACUGCCAGGGAUGGAAGAACUGUUACGUUGGAGAGACUUGCCCUCAUUUUGCCGCAAAAAGGACCAACUUGAGCACCCAUAUUCCAUGUUCAAUUUCUUUUUAGAGGAAUCCAAGGCGGUGGCCCGAGCCUCCUCGAUAAUACUCAACACCUUCGACGACCUCGAAGCUCCAAUACUUAAUGCCCAAAUUUACCCAAAGUUUAGUAUUUAUACUGUCGGGCCGAUCCAUGAUCUAGUCAAGUCCCAGGUCGUAUCAGACAGUCUGCAGCCUUCUGAGUCCCCUGCACCAUUGAGCGGGAGCCUCUGGAUGCAGGACCGGAGCUGCAUGACAUGGCUUGAUUCCCAGCUGCUGAGAUCGGUGGUCUACAUCACCUUUGGGAGCUUGGUGAAGCUGAGCGUCCACCAGCUCUGGGAGUUCUGGCAUGGACUAGUCAAAUGUGCUAUACCAUUCCUGUGGGUUAUACGACCUGACUCGAUUAUACGAGAAGAUGGUGACGAUGAGGCUUCACUCUUGCACCUGAAAGAAGUUCUAGGUUUUCAUUUGCAUUCAGCACGGCGACGUGUUAAUAUGGAAAUAUUUUUGUCAAUAGCGGCAGCAGGCACAGAAGACAAGAGUUGCAUGAUAGAAUGGGCCCCGCAAGAGGAGGUCCUGGCCCAUCCAGCAGUCGGCGGAUUCGUGACCCACGGCGGCUGGAACUCCGUCUUGGAGGCCAUUACUGCUGGUGUGCCCAUGCUCUGUUGGCCACAAUUCGCCGAUCAUCAUGUCAACAGUCGAUUGGUGAGUGAGGUGUGGGGGAUCGGCCUCGAGAUGGAGGGCAAGCUGGAUCGGUCGACAGUGGAGACAAUGGUAAGAGCCCUGAUGGAAGAAAAGCGAGAGGAAUUAUCAAGGUCAACGGACAGGAUUUCACGGCUAGCCCAUGACUCUGUGGGUCCAUCCGGUUCUUCCACCAACAACUUGAAGAGGCUCGUUGAGGACAUUAGGAAGAUCAAGCCCAAGAUUUAAUCUAUGACACUCUCGGAGGGGCCAUCUUGUAUAUCUUUCCUAACAAUAAAUGAAGGCAAGUGUUUGCCUCAGA